AUGAAACUUUUUACAAUAUUUAUUUUUGGCCUUGUAUUGGCAUUGGCACUUGCCGAAGGCGAUGAAGCCGAUGAAGGAGCCAAGGAUGAAGGCGGUGAUGACAAAGGCGAUGGUGGUGAUGACAAAGGAGAUGGCGGUGAUGACAAAGGUGAUGGUGGUGAUGACAAAGGUGAUGGCGAUAAAGAUAAAGGUGAUGGCGAUAAAGACAAAGAUGAUGCUGGUGGAUCUAAACCUCCUGCUAGUGGAUCUAAGCCUCCUGCAGGUGGAUCCCCUUCUCCUGCUCCAGGAAAAGCACCAGCUGGUGGCGCUCCCUCUAAGAAACCUGCUGCGGGUGGAAAUAAACCAGCUGCUGGUGGAAAUAAACCUGCCGCUGGUGGUAAUAAACCUGCUGCUGCCAAGAACAGCUUAAAGAAAGCUAAUCAAAAAAGACGUGAGACCAUCAAGAAAAGACGACAGGCUAUUAAGAAAAUGAGACAACAAAUUAAGAAAGAACAAGAGGAGAAUCAAAAGAGACGCGCAGAGCUCAUGAAAAGACAGCAAACCAUUAAGAAGCGAGAAGAGUUCAUUAAGAAAAGGAAACAGAACAUGAUGAAAAGAAGACAGCAAAUCAUUAACGAAAAAAAAGCUAUCAAUAGGCAAAUCAGGUUAAAUAGCAACAAGCCCAAUGCAGGAAACAAACAAAAGGCUGGUGGAAAUAAGCAAAAGGCAGGUGGAAACAAACAAAAAGCUGGUGCCAACAAACAGAAGGCUGGUGCAAACAAGCAGAAGGCUGCCAAUAAACAAGGAUAG